CCCGCGCGCCAGGAGCCGGACCGCUGCUGACGCCAUGCGGGCUCUGCUGCCGCUGCUGCGCUCGGCUUGGGGCGGUCGCACGGGCGCCCUCGUCGUCCGCCUGCGGGAGGGAGCGGCCGCUGGGCCCGGGCCGCGCCGCGCCAUGGCCUCGUACCGCACGGAGGAGCGCGGCCAGCCCCACUCGCCCGGUUACCGCCUCUUCUUCAAGAAUGAAGCUGGUCACUAUAUUUCCCCCUUUCAUGAUAUUCCUCUGAAGGUGGAAUCUAAAGAGGAAAAUGGCAUUCCUACAAAGAGAGCACGGAAUGAUGAAUCUGAGGUAUACCUAAAGAAUUUGUUUAAUAUGGUUGUUGAAGUACCUCGGUGGACAAAUGCUAAAAUGGAGAUUGCCACACAGGAGCCAUUGAAUCCCAUUAAACAAGACGUAAAGGAUGGCAAGCUACGUUAUGUGGCGAAUAUUUUUCCUCAUAAGGGUUAUAUAUGGAAUUAUGGUGCCCUCCCUCAGACUUGGGAAGAUCCCCACAGAAACGAUAAGAGCACAGACUGCUGUGGAGAUAAUGAUCCUAUUGAUGUCUGUGAAAUAGGCUCAAAGGUUCUUUCUCGUGGAGAGGUUAUUUGUGUGAAGAUUCUUGGGAUUUUGGCUCUUAUCGAUCAGGGUGAAACAGAUUGGAAAUUAAUUGCUAUCAAUGUGAACGAUCCAGAAGCCUCAAAGUUUCAUGAUAUUGAUGAUGUUCGGAAGUACAAACCAGGUUAUUUGGAAGCUACACUUAAUUGGUUUAGAUUUUAUAAGGUGCCAGAGGGAAAACCAGAAAACCAUUUUGCUUUUAAUGGAGAAUUCAAAAACAAGGCUUUUGCUCUUGAAGUUAUUAAAUCUACACAUGAAUGUUGGAAAGCGUUGCUUAUGAAACAGUGUGAUGGAGGGGCUAUAAGUUGCACAAAUGUGCAGAUAUGCGAUAGUCCUUAUCAUUGUGCUCAAGAGAAAGCAAGAUCAUUAGUUGAAUCGGUAUCAUCUUCAAUAAGUAAAGAAAGUCAAGAAGAAGGUCGAUGCUCCACCACUAAGCCAUAUGGACUGGGCCAUGCUAAGCUUCUUGAUUGUUUUUACCUGCCUGAACACUUCCAAAAGAGCAAGUGUGGCACUUCCUUGGCAAGUGAUGGGAACAUUUGAAGUUCUGCCAUCAAGAUUCCAGUCUCUGAGGACUUCCAGACUGUCUCCCUCAAGUGCUGGAGAUAGGCAGACCGAUGAGAAUUUGCUAACUUUCUGUUGAAACUCUUUUUUCCCCCAAACUUUCUGGGAUAUGCACUAUGUAAAUAAACACUGGUUUUGAAUUA